AUGAAUAAACAUCGCGGUCGCGAAUCGAAUAUAUACACUGUAGAGCGCCUUAUCAAGCGGCGCGUUAGAAUGGUAAGUAUCCCCUACCUGUGGCACGAAGUGCAGCUUCUAACCGCAGAGUGCUGGCCUAUUCAUUUCCUUACUUGCGGUCAUUGGGGCUGUCUUAAGGCCCAUGUAUCUCAACUGUUUUUCUCUUUUCUAGUCUAAAGUGGAGUACCUGGUGAAGUGGAAAAACUGGCCGGAAAAGUAAGUCAGACAGACUCCUGAACGCAUGUUGUCUUUCGUUUCAUGUCUUCUUUCUCUCUAGCAUAAGCACGUUUAUCGGGUGUUUAUUGUGGCAGCUUUGGUUGCUGCAAUACAUCAGCAGCAGCUAAACCAUCGCCCGCCGCCGCCGCUGCUGUUUCAGCGCUAUGGUGUGUGUGAACGCGCCUCCGCGCUUGCCAGUGCGGGUGUGCCGAGAUAGCGCGCCAGCCCAGCCCAUGGAGCGCGCUAGCUUGGAUCGUUAGACAGACAGCGAGCGGUCACCUUCCGCCGACGCCGCAUGGCACGUAGUGAUCGACUGACGGACAGCCGCAGCGCGCAAAGCCGACAGCGCAAACGCGCGCCAGCAGCUAUAAUUCAUGCGCAGCUAGCGGCGAUCGAUACGCGUCGGUGGUUGGCCUGGUUAUGCGAGCAUUGAUCUGUGCCCCGGCCUCGCCUUAGCGCGACUAGGCAGCGACGAUAGUAAGUGACGGUAGCGACCAGAUGACUCCUUGCCGCAACGACAACGAGCUUCGCUCAGCGCUAGCUCGCUGCCGCAUGCAUGCGUUUAGGCCAAAUUUAACGCGUCUUCAACCGGCUUGAAUAGUAAAGGUUCAGUCCAAAUGAAACCAAGAGGAUACCUCACAAACGGGGCUUAAAAUUAGGUAGUUUUAUUAGCAGGAAAAGGAGGCCGAAGUCCUAGAAUGCAGAGACUACUCUAUUGCUUAUCGGCUUAGGUUUCGACUGUCGAUAGGGGUUGAUUUCGUUGUCGUUUACCAUUUCUUGCUCAUAACUGUCUGACACUCAGUGGACUCUAGAUGGCAGGAGAGUCGCGUUAAAGGAAAGACAGUCGCAAGUUCAGUAAAGUAGCCUCUUGCCCCACAGGGUGCAACUAAGUUUUUCGUAUUUCCUCUAAAGAAUGAUUGUGAAAACGAGGAACCCGUCGUUAAGGUUGAUGUUUGUUCUGUAUAUAAUUGAUAUUAUUCGUCCCCUAGAAUGGCAUCCGCUCUGUAACAAGCGACGCGUUUCAAACACCCAUAGAACCCAAUAUGGUCUCACGGAGGUUUUCAUAGUUUACACCAAAGCAUUUGGUCCGGUUAAUGAGACAAUGAAAGUGCAAAAAUGCCACUCAUUUUCUUAAUUAUGACAUUGUGACUCUUUUAGGCACAAUACUUGGGAACCAGAUGAGAACAUACUAGACCGGGAGCUGAUAAAGUCCUUUUAUGACGAGUAAGUAUUCCCCUCAUGUAAGCUCUAUACCAUUUGAGCGUUUGUAUGCGAAUUUGUCGGGGUCGUAGGUAUAACUUUACUGAAUUACGAAAAAUUGACUUCCUAGGGAGGAGCGUAAAAAAGAAACCCAGAAUCUUGCUGAAACUAAGACAAUCCCAAGUGCAAAUGGUAACGCAACGCCCCUCGCCAAAAACCAAACACCCACAAAGACACCAACGACUUCCGUUCCUUCGUCGCCUCCUACGAAGGCCACAACAGACAUGGGUGAGAGGGUGCAGAAGCCCCUGUCUGUUUCUGUCACUCCCAGCCCUGGCUCCCCUGUUCGUGCACCUGCUGACAGUCGACAAGCGUCGCUUCAUAAUCCGGAGGCCCCGACUUCAGGAAGCAGCGCGGCUACUGCAGGAUCUUCUACUUCCCCUCCCGUAUCCAGCCUCGGUUACGACACCGCCAUCUCCCCCGAUGGUGAUUGGCACUCGGAAAAUAGGCUUCGUAAAACAACACUUCUGGUGGCCACUGCGUCACAAUCUAGUGCACGACAGUCCAACAGAUCUGCGGCCGAACACGCUAGAUCUGGCAUCCCAAUGGUAAGUCCUCCUCCUCCUCCUCCUCCUCCUCCUCCUCCUCCUUGUUUCACCUUCGAUUGGCUAGUUAGGUUAAUGCCACACAAGCUUGCCGUUAACUGUCCCUCAGUGAUGAGACGCAAUAAUUAUCUUAUCCGUAUGCUUUACUUGUCUUAUAUCCUAGCCAUCAAAAGCCAGUCAGUUUGAAGCCGCCUCCAACGCUGUUACCGUCAGCGCCGCCCCUACCACCCACAGCACAACUAGGUCUGCGGUUACUACGGUAACAGCGGAGAGCACUGAGCGACCAAAAAUCCGACUGACCAUACCUCGAGAGCGCCUCAUAGUCUGCCAGACCGCAUCGGUCAACUCCAGCCAGGAUUCCUCCGGCUUACUUCAAGACCUCGAGGAUGAAGAAGAGGCUGGGGGGGAUCCAAACUUCCGCGCACCCCUGGAGCUGCCUCGUCGAAGCACAACCGACGUGGACGAGGAUGGUUGUUUAAGCAUACCCCCUCCAUCCCUUCUGCCAGCUCCAGAGAUUUGCGAAUCCAGUGAGUCCUCCCUGCCCAAAGUCGUUCUCUCCACUAAGCGCGUGGUCAGUAGCACCUGGCUCGGGAAGGAGAAACUACUGCUGAAGAAGGAGUCCCGGCACCCCAAGAAGAAACGGCGACGAGAAUCAGGCGGUAGCAGCAGCAGGGACUUUUCUUCACAACGCCGGCAUCAGUCAGGCUCCUCGGCCUCCUCCUGUGUUAGUUUCUCCUCCACAUCGCCCUCAGUCUCACCAGCCCUACCAACGAAUGAAAGUCCACCGCGUAUUGCCCCCCUUCGUAUUCAGUUGUCCCGAUCCAACACCAUUGUUCAAUACCCUGGCCCCAACGAGCCGGCAGACGAGCGUCCCCUCUAUCGUGUCGCCGCUUCCACUCACCUCCACCACCAUUGUCCACCACCGCCGCCACCGCUUUCUGUUCCCUACCGACCUCAUCUGGAGCGCGAGAUCUCCAUCACUGACGUGACGGUCGGCGAUCUGACCAUCGCCAUCAAGGAGUGUCCCACACCGAGCAACUUCUUUGGUAUUCCGUCAUGCCAACUGGUUCAACCCAGUCGUCCUCCUUUAGCACCACGACGACCCGGCGUGAAGAGUGUUCACCAUCCUAACCGGCAGGACACCUCGCCGAUGGAAGUUGCCGAUGAAAACCGUGAGCCAUCACGAGCGAUUACGGGUGCAGAACUCAGUGUUAUUGUGGAGGAGGAAGAUCGGAAUGACGUUUCAGCUGACCCCGCCCUGCCCCCAGAUCCUCCACCAGCUGUAUCGAGUCCUGCAGCCAAGACCAUGGUCACAGUACCUGACGGGGAGACCGCGGCGGUCCCGCCUUCGCCACCCCGUCGUGCCUCAACUCCAAUUCAGCUACCGCUCAUCGAUUUAUCUUCGUCUUCUACCUCCUCCUCUUCUUCCACGGCCAUUGUCACUACCACCACGCCCGCGCCCCUCGAGGCCAGUCAGGAGGAGCGAAAAGGUGUUGCUGAUGCUGCCACAGAUGCGGCUGCUGUCCCAACUCCCAAUGUCGCCCAAAGCCCUCGCGUUGUAAAAGUGGCACGAUUGGGCAAUUUCUGGGCUGGAAUGGGCAAGCGGUCCAGGCGGCGAGUCCCCCUCCUACCGAGGACAAAUACUAGACCUGUGGUCGCCUUGUCCUCCGGUCUCCCGAAGAGCCCCUCUGCAAGCAUUGCUGAAAACGUGUACACUUUCCGCGGUGAUUCUCCACCACCUCUGGCGCAGACCGUCAAAACGCCAGCAAUCCCGUGUCCAUCGCCGCCACCGCCAACGUCUUCCCAGGGGAAGGAGGAUGAAGCGGUUAAGAGGCCAACUCCAGCGCCACCUCCGUUGUCGCAGGUCGACGGCUUCCCAGCCCCAGGCCUCUACAACGCGGCUCAGCACCAGAGGCUACCACCGGUCCCCGUCCUUUCCCCGGGUGGCAUCACCCUCUGUCAGUUGGUGGCCGCGACUACAGCAGCAGCAGCAGUGGGUUCGGGCUGGUUUCCCGAGACCCCACCUCCUGCGCUGACUCCUUUCCCGCCUGCCAGUCUGUCCAUGGGAGGAGACCGACCGUCGCCGUACCCCUUCUAUCCCUUCCUCGCGCAGAUGCGUCCCUCAGGCGCUCCCGUCACCGGAGCUGGAUUGUUUUCUCCUCCACCCCCCACCGCAUCCUCGGCCGCAGCGAUCUGUCCUCUUUCGUCUCCCGGAACGGAACCGGAGGACAUGCCCAUUGAUCUCUCGGCAAAACGGUAG